CAGGCCCCUGCUGCUGCUGCCGCUGCUGGUCCUGCCCUCCGCCCCCUUCUUUCCAGCUCGGCCCCCAGGGCCUUCCGAGCCCGAGGCCCCGCUGGUGGCUAGGUCUAGACUCAGGGUCCUUCCGCAGACUGAGAGCCGCCGCAGCACCUCGGAGGCGGCCUCCACCGGCACGGCGGGGCGCUGCUCCAGCAGCAUCUCCAGCAGUGAGCUCAUCUCCGACAGGAAGGUGCUGGCCAGCCGCGUGCCCGUCGGGCUCAGCUCGGGCCCCGGCGCCUUGCCGAACGUCUGGAAGGUCCUGGGCUCCUCCGAGGUCGCAGCGUCCGGGGAGAACACGUUGUCACGCUCCUCAGAAAAUUAAAUGUCGUCAGAAGACCGAGAAGCUCAGGAGGAUGAAUUGCUGGCCCUGGCGAGUAUUUAUGAUGGAGAUGAAUUUAGAAAAGCAGAGUCUGUCCAGGGUGGAGAAACCAGGAUCUAUUUGGACUUACCACAAAAUUUCAAGAUAUUUGUGAGCGGCAAUUCAAAUGAGUGUCUCCAGAAUAGUGGCUUUGAAUACACCAUUUGCUUUCUGCCUCCACUUGUGCUGAACUUUGAACUGCCACCAGAUUAUCCAUCCUCCGCCCCACCUUCAUUCACACUUAGUGGCAAAUGGCUGUCACCAACUCAGCUGUCUGCUCUCUGCAAGCACUUAGACAACCUGUGGGAAGAACACCGCGGCAGCGUGGUCCUAUUUGCCUGGAUGCAGUUUCUUAAAGAAGAGACCUUAGCGUACCUGAAUAUUGUCUCUCCUUUUGAACUCAAGAUGGGUUCUCAGAAAAAAGUUCAGAGGAGGAUGGCUCAAGCUUCUUCCAACACAGAGCUAGAUUUUGGAGGAGCUGCUGGAUCUGAUGUAGACCAAACGGAAGUUGUGGACGAGAGAGCCGUGCAGGAUGUGGAAUCGUUGUCCAGUCUGAUCCAGGAAAUCUUGGACUUCGAUCAGGCUCAACAGAUAAAAUGCUUUAAUAGUAAAUUGUUCCUGUGCAAUAUCUGCUUCUGUGAGAAGCUGGGUAGUGAGUGCAUGUACUUCUUGGAGUGCAGGCAUGUGUACUGCAGAGCCUGUCUCAAGGACUACUUUGAAAUCCAGAUCAGAGAUGGCCAAGUUCAGUGCCUCAACUGCCCAGAACCCAAGUGCCCUUCAGUGGCCACUCCUGGUCAGGUCAAAGAGCUAGUGGAAGCAGAGUUAUUUGCCCGUUAUGACCGGCUUCUCCUCCAGUCUACCUUGGACCUGAUGGCAGAUGUGGUGUACUGCCCCCGCCCAUCCUGCCAGCUGCCUGUGAUGCAGGAGCCUGGGUGCACAAUGGGCAUCUGUUCCAGCUGCAAUUUUGCCUUCUGUACUUUAUGCAGAUUGACCUACCAUGGGGUUUCUCCAUGUAAGGUGACUGCAGAGAAAUUAAUGGACUUACGAAAUGAGUACCUGCAAGCAGAUGAGGCCAAUAAAAGAUUUUUGGAACAGAGGUAUGGUAAGAGGGUGAUUCAGAAGGCACUGGAAGAGAUGGAAAGUAAGGAGUGGCUAGAAAAGAACUCAAAGAGCUGCCCAUGUUGUGGGACUCCCAUCGAGAAAUUAGAUGGAUGUAACAAGAUGACAUGUACCGGCUGUAUGCAAUAUUUCUGCUGGAUUUGCAUGGGUUCUCUCUCCAGAGCAAACCCUUACAGGCAUUUCACUGAUACUGCUUCCCCAUGUUUUAACCGGUUGUUCCAUGCUGUGGAUGUUAAUGGAGAUAUUUGGGAAGAUGAGGUUGAAGACUAGUUAACUGCUGCUGCUCAAGAUAUGGAAGUGCAAUGGUUUGCCCUAAUCUUUUGUCAAGUAUACAGAGUAACUUUGCAGGAUAUUUAGGGUACCAUUGAUUCCCUCUUCCUAUGUAGAAGAUAUGGAAGAACAAGUUUGAUAUUUUCAUGUGGUACUACUGAUUAAGGCAUAUUCAGACAUUUUUCAUUGCAACAUGAUUGAGGAAAUAUUAAGCCAAAGGUUCCGAAAAUGAAAACUAGAAGAUAUUAGUAUUACAAUGUGCCCAAAGCUUUGAGUAGUUAAAAAUUAAAUAUUUAUUUUCUUCUCCAAGCUUUAGGCAAGGAGAGAGGGGUCAAGAGUUAAACUUAUAGUCCUUUUUAUCUCUGAGAAACAUCCCUCUAAGACAUUCUGUGGGAGCUCCCUCAGUAGUACUGCUUACAACUGGGGUGGGUAGAAGCCUUAUUAAAAUUGUACCGAGAGCCUGGUGUUAUUUACUCAAUGUUACAUUCUUUCCAACCUGAAUUUCUGCUAAAUUAAUCUUGUUUGGAGGAAGCCCUUUACUCUAUAACUGAUUGGAUGGCCCAGUGUCAUUUUGAUCUGAUUUUCAGAAUAGAAAUUUAUAGAUAAUUUUUAAAAUAUUUUUUGAUACCACAAACACUGUGGGUCACCUGAUAUAUUAUUAGUGGUCUAUAGUCCACUGGUUUUGAGCCAAGUCUAGAAUUUAUUGAUACUGGCUCAGAAGAAUUUCAGCCCUAUUCAACUUUCCAGUUUCUUCUAGGCAGUAGAGCCUAGAUUCAGAACGACUUGUCUUCUGUUCUGCAUUCUUUCUGUUGACUCUUGCCCUGCUUUUCAUUGGUAAGGACAAUUUUAAUAUUAGCUCCAGCAGCUCAUAUUUCUAUUUCCUCUGCUGGGAUAGGAGAAAGCCUAAUAUGUUCCCAAGCUGAACAAGCUGAACUUUUUUUUUUUUCUUGCGGUACGCGGGCCUCUCACUGUUGUGGCCUCUCCCAUUGCGGAGAACAGGCUCCGGACGUGCAGGCUCAGCAGCCAUGGCUCAUGGGCCCAGCCGCUCCCCGGCAUGUGGGAUCUUCCCAGACUGGGGCACGAACCCGUGUCCCCUGCAUUGGCAGGCGGACUCUCAACCAUUGCACCACCAGGGAAGCCCGCAAGCUGACCUUUAAUUAUCUGCGUUUUGAACACUGUACCACCAUAGUUCCAGUCCUAACUUUCUGAAUUCUUUUUAAAGGGCUUCUCUAAUGAGCUAUGGAAAUUUGUCUUCCUAUCCUUUUUUUUUUUUUUUGCAACAGCGCUGUUUCAGGGGAUAAUUUUGGCUUGAUAUCUAGAUCGUUGUUUCUGGGUUUUGCUGGCUUUUUGAAAAAUUGUCUUUCCUUGUGGUUUGGUGAGUGGCUUGGUAGCAAAAUAAGACUUUUGGAAAAAAAGGACAGAGGAAUUCAUCUGCAUUUGUGAACAUGUUCUUUUUUCAUAUCUUGUCAUUGAAAAUUGGGGAAUCACUUUUAACCAUUUUAAGUGUGUGUAUCCAAAGAGCACGGACUGUUUCUGGAUUGUCAAUGAGGAUGCUUAAUCUUAAAAAUAAAAAAUUAUUUAAAAAUUGUCUUAUAAUUAAA